AUGGCUUCCAGCAUCGACAACUUUGCAACGGCGGUCUUCAUGGAGUGGCAAGACAAGCUCGACAUCUAUGGGAAUGUUUGGGACACCAACCCAACCGGCGGGGUUGUAUGUGCAGAAAGAGGCAUUCAACUCUUUCUGAAGGAGUCUUUUCCAGAGCCACUCUAUCCGAGGAGGGACGGUGUGCGAAACGUUGACGAAAUCAGUCAAACCGUCCGUGUUCGAGUGGCCGAACUCGACGUUGCCACCCAACAGGUUUUAGCCAAGUCCUACGUUCGAUACAGAUCCAAAUUCGAAAAGCAAGAUGCAAUGCUGCGGACUGGAGGCUUCUUGAAGGUCUUCGCAGAAAGCUUUGCAGCACUUCCAGAAUGCACGACGCAUUCUCUUACGCUAUACGACCGCGAUCUCCAUACCAACCGCCCAUCUUGGGGCGUCGAAGUGGACUUGGACAAUCCAAAACUGCGACAAGACGCUCUGGUCUCUAUUCUCUCCCGUCCCAUGCUCUGGGAAGACGCACGCUGGGCUGGGACGAGAGAUGAUGUCUGGUGUCAUGUUCCAGUUGAGAUGCUCAUCGAUGUUCUUCUCGAGAUCGGCAAACAUGACGGGGCCAUUAUCGACUAUCUCUCCAUCAACCUGACGGCAGCACCGGAUUACGCACUCAUGAAAUCCGAUGUACAUCGUCUUCGAGAACUGACAGAAGCUGUCAGAUCUCUCGACCUGUUCCAGUUUCGGUUCAAGGCGGAUAGACCUGGCUGGUUUCGGCUAUCAUCCCAGCGAGCAAUGAGAAGCCCAAAUGAGAUGAAGGCUCUGAACGACUACUUCGGUGCCAUAGUGGCUGCCAAAACCUUGGCUUCGUUCGAAGUCGACCUCGGCGACUUCUGGGAAAGCGCUGGGCUCGGAGGCACAGCAGACGCAACCGCGCCUCUGGGCGCACGCUUUGACUGGUCCUUUGGUCCGGAGUUUCGCUCAAUAAGCUUGUACGCAGCUUGUAUGACUAUCAGGGACUUCGAGAGACUGGCCAAAUGGUUACCGGAAGACGUCGACGUCGGCCUGGACCACGUCUACCUCCUCGAGUGA